AUCCGACAGUUUAAAACUAUUGACCUUAUUGGAGCCUAUGGGACAUCACAUGAAAAUGCUAUAAGUUGCGUCUGCACCUUUAAAUGAAUUGAAGGUUUGUUACGGUCUCUAUUGGCUGCGUUAAACACGUGACACGCAUGCUGGUUCUCUAACCGGUAGUUAGACUUAAACCUCAUUGAAGUAGACGAGUGUUUAUAGAAAACGCUGUUUCGUGACAAAAGUGCAUAGGUAAAUGUAUUGGGUGUAAGUUUUCAGUGACUUUGGAGAUAUACGUCUGAUUAAAAUGUUCCCGGGGCUAGAAAAGUGUCCAAGAAGUUUACUUGUGUGUGAGAAAUCGAGCUUUGAGCAUGAGAAGUCUGGACUCAACAAUCACGUGUCAAAACAUUAUUUUAACCACAAGGUGUCCCUGGUGAUACCAGAAUGUGGUUCCCCUCCUCCCCAGCUGGCCAGUGUAAUACAAACUUUUAGCAAGUAUUUUCUGGUGAAGAAUUUACCGGUAUAUGAGUUUUUGGAGGAGGAUUUCUUGGAGAAUGUGGUGCGGCAUGGCGGUCUCUAUGCUCUUUCCUACAAAACGCUUAUUGACCAGGAUAACACCAUCGCACUUCUCCCCAACAGUCAGUUGAUUCUGUCUGUGGAUAAGGACACUUAUGAACAGCUGGGUCUGGAAGGAAAGGCAUCACAGUACAGCCACAAAUGUCCGAUGAGAUAUGUCGUGACCGUCGAUCUGACAGAUAAAUCCAUGGCUCCAGGAGGGAAGCGAUACCAGCGUGUUCUCUCCAGUUUGAAAGACAGGUUACCUCUGAAAAGUGACUUCCUGCUAGCGCGACACCGCUCAGGGACAGAUGGGGACAGAGUUCUGCAGAGUCUCCUGUCCCGUUACCAUUGGAAAGACUACAGUCCAGUGGUCAGUACGCACACCCUGAGGGACCUGUCCUGUCCAUCACUGCAGUCCAAGGAUCUGCACGGGGACCAGUGUUCUUGUGACCCCCACAGCUUCCUGGAGUGGCUUGGGGCCGUGAGCAAUGGUGUGAGUUGUGACAAUGCAGCAACCGACUUCCUUUCCACAUAUGUCUGCCCGGAGCCCAAAACGGCAAUCAGCCAAGUCCUGCAUUGCGCUGUAUCUGGCUUUUUGCUGCCUGAGGACAUCUACUCACUGCUGCAGGAACUUAGGCGGUACUUUGACGAGCCCAAAUUUACCUCCUGGCUUUCUCUGACUGUCCACGGCUUUAUGGACAGCCCCGUUUCCUGGGGAGACAGGGAACAUGGUUUUCACAAGGGGGGUGAAAAUUUCUACAACGUUGUUCUCUUUAAGAACCAGGAUUACUGGCUGCAGAUGGGUACUGGCUCCAAUGACAAAUGUCCUCCAUAAUGUUUAUUAUUUUGCAUAGGACAACUUAUUUUGCUAAUUUGAGUUGAUACGUUUUAUUUACAAAACCUAAAUGCUUCUCUGUUGUGAUUUCUGUAAUAUUUCGUCAUCUUGAAUAAAACAGAGUGAGUUUU